AUGUCAUACAUAAAAGUUCCACAUGAUCAAAAAUCACCAACCAAAUCUAAUGCAUCUUCUAUUAGUCAACAUCGUAAUAACCAACCCAUUUAUCAUCAAUCAAUAACACAACUUCUCGAAUCUUCAAGGAAAUCUCAUUAUGAAGAGAAGAAACCUACGAUAUUUUCUCUUAAUGCAUCAUGUGAAUUAUCUUGGUCACAUUUGGUGCACGCCGAGAUCAUUGCGGUUACGAGUGCAAUGAGAAAGAAUUCAAGGUGGUCUGGUAUGAGCGUUAGUGGCUUGAAUAUGGGUGGGUUGGGUAUAAGUAUGGGUUUAAGAGGUGGUAGAAGUUCAGUUAAUGAAAAUGAUUAUAGAAAUCAGAUUAAUGAAACCCCGUUAAUGAGUGGAUUUACCUCACUCAGAGUACAACUCUUCAACAUGUCUGAGGAAUCGGGGAUAGAUGCUGUGACUUUGCUGGAUCCGUUUCUAGAUGUGAUUAAAUCAGGAGAUACCAAUGGACCAAUAACAGCAGCUGCACUUGGAAGUGUGGAAAAAUUUUUAACUUAUGGCAUAUUAAAUAUGAAUUCGGCAAAUUUACCAGUAGCAAUGUCGAUGCUUUCUUCAGCCGCCACACAUUGCAAAUUUGAAGCAAGCGAUUCUGUAUCUGAUGAAUAUGUGCUAUUAAAAAUUUUACAGGUCUUGAGGUUGACCUUGACUUGUGAAGUUGGUAAAGUUCUUAGCGAUGAAGCUCUCUGCGAGAUGAUGGAAACUGGCCUGAGCAUGUGCUGUCAAAUGAGAUUGAGUGAAAUGUUGCGCAGAUCAGCUGAACAUACAAUGGUCGUUAUGGUGCAAACUAUGUUUGAGAGACUUAAAUCGCUAGAGGAGGAACAUGCAACAGGUUAUUUACAGGAAGAAGGAGUUGGAGAAAAUGGUACUUUACAGGAUACUACACAAGUGCGCAUGGCUCCACCCGAUCCAAAAUCUCCUCGUCUUCCCCUUUCUUCAGAAUAUGAUGUUACUGAAAUACCAAAUCUUUUAGCUAGUGCAAUUACAUUAUCACCUUCCGUGAAACAUGAUGAUAAGGAUUUUGAUACAUUGGAUGAUGGACAGGAUGAAAUGGUUGAAUUAGAUGAAAAGGGUGAAGAAGUUAUUAAUAACAAUAAUAAUUUGAUUCAGGAAAAAGAAAAAGCCCAAGAGCAAGAAAAUGAAACUUCUAAUGAGGACGAAAAAGACGCAGAUCCAAAACCAUUCGGAUUACCUUCAAUAAGAGAAUUACUGAGAGUCCUUAUCUCAUUGCUUAAUCCACAUGAUCAUCAACAUACUGAUACGAUGCGACUUAUGGCUCUUAGUAUAUUAAAUGUUGCAUUUGAAGUUGGCGGUCGUACUAUAGGACGAUUUGAAACUUUACGUAAUCUUGCCGUUGAUGAAUUGUGCAGGUUUCUAUUCCAGCUUGCGCGAACCGAUAACAUGACAUUAUUAUCACUUGCACUCCGUGUCAUAUCAACUGUAUUUGGAACGCUCCGUCCAUAUCUAAAAUUACAACAAGAACUUUAUUUGUCAUUCUUAAUUGAAAGGUUAACACCACCUGCAAGUAGUUUAAGGCCUCUUGGAAAUAAUAGCGGAGAUUCGCCACAUAGAUCAGGAUCUUCAACACCUAGUAUGGUUCGUGAACGUAAUUUACGUGCAACGACUGAAACCUCUGUUGCCACGGGUGAAGUAAGGGAGCUUUUAUUGGAAUCUUUAGGUCAAUUUGCAAGAGAUCCGUCAUUUAUGGUUGAUUUAUGGGUGAAUUAUGACUGUAAUAUUGACUGUGGAGAUCUGUUUGAGGAUAUUGUUAAAUUUUUGAGUAAGAAUUCAUUUCCCGAUUCUACCGGAUAUUCUAUAAGCAAUUCUCAUGUUGUGUGUUUGGAUUCUCUUUUGAUGUAUAUAAAUCAUAUGGUUGAUAGAUUACAGACAGAGAAGGAUAAAAAUAAAUCAUGCACAUGUGAAUUAGCUUGGGAUCAAAUGACGGCUGCAGAUUAUAAUUCUGGAUUAAAACCUGUGACGUAUCCGUCCGCAGAAGAACUUUUGCAAAGAAAACAAAAAAAACAAAUAUUAAGAGAAGGAGCCGCAAAAUUUAAUGAAAAUCCAAAAUCUGGGCUUGAGUUUCUUGAAGCAAAUGGUCUUAUUUAUAAUGAUCCUGAUCCUUCUAUUGACAAAAAUACAAGUCUUGCCUCAUUUUUGAAAUCUACUCCUAGGUUGAAUAAACAAUUGUUAGGUGAUUAUUUGUCAAAGCCUGCAAAUAUUGAUAUAUUGAAAGCUUUCGUUAGAUUAUUUGAUUUUGAAGGAAAAAGAGUUGAUGAGGCAUUAAGAGAAAUGUUGGAGUCUUUUAGAUUACCCGGAGAAGCACAGCAGAUUGAAAGGAUCAUGGAAACGUUCUCAGUAACUUAUUUUGAAACUGGGCCAACCGAAAUAGAAACUCAAACAGCCACCUUUGUUUUGGCAUACUCUAUUAUUAUGUUAAACACUGAUUUGCAUAAUCCUCAAGUUCGUCGUCGAAUGACGAUUGAGGACUAUAUGAAAAAUUUACGGAAAGUUAAUAAUGAUAAAGACUUUGCUCCUGAAUAUUUGGUUAGUAUCGUGAAUAUGCAUGCUAUCUAUGAUGCUAUCAGAAAAAGGGAAAUUAUCAUGCCCGAAGAACAUGAAGGACAGCUUGGGUUUAAUUAUGCAUGGAAAGAACUUUUAAGGAGAGCCGAAAGCGCUGGACCAUUAAUAAUAUGUGAUGUAUCUUUGUAUGAUAAAGAUAUGUUUACUACAGCAUGGAAACCUGCAGUUGCUGCUAUUUCAUAUGCAUUCAGUACAGCGCCAGAUGAUAUAACAUUGCAAAAAGCAAUAACAGGAUUUCAUCAAUGUGCAUUAUUAUCAGCAACGUAUAAAUUAUAUGAAGUAUUUGAUUAUAUUAUAAUGUCAUUAGCUAAAAUGACUGGAUUAUUAGGACCAAAAUACAGUAAUGAAACAGCCAAUAAUCCAAUCGUUAAAAUACAAAAUACCGAAUUAACUGUUAGUGAUUUAGCAAUUCAAUUCGGUAGAAAUUAUAGGGGAAAAAUAGCAGCCGUUGUAUUAUUCGCUGUUGCUAAUGAACAUGGGAAUAUAUUAAGAGAAGGAUGGAAAUAUAAUUUAUUUGUGAAUUCUUUAUUACCAAGUAGUAUGUUAAAAGUUGAAGAUUUCUUGGCGGGUACAACAACAAUACCAUUAAAACCAAAAUCAGCAUCAGCAAGACAAGAACGAAGAAAAAUCGAAAAUAGCAUGUGUACUGCUGACUGUGUUAAAGUUUGUAGAUUAGAAGAACUUUUUGCUGAUAUAAGAUUGUUGGAACAGGAAUCACUUGUACACUUAAUGAAAGCACUAAAGUUUAUUGCAGAUGGAAAUACCGCGACAAAAGUUGGGGAUACAAAAUUAUCGUAUCAAUAUUCCCCGUCACCAAUUCUAGGUGCAAGCAAUGGUAAUAUAAUCAAUCAAAAUCAUUUGUCACAUGGUAGUUACGAUCCGGCCACUGUAUUUUUCCUGGAAUUAAUGAUUAACGUAACAUUACAGAAUCGUGACAGGAUUCAUUAUUUAUGGCCUAUUUUAUUUGAACAUAUUACUGGAAUUUUAAGAGAAUCUCAAAAUAAUAGUAUAUUGUUGGUUGAAAGGACCGUUGUGGCGUUAUUGAGAUUAUGUAUCAGAUUAACUCAUAAAGUAAUAGAAAGUAAUGACGAAAUGGUGAAUGAUAUCUUACAAGCAUUAGAAUUGUUAGGAGCGUUACCUGAAGAGGUGAUAAAUUCAGUUGGAGAGCAAAUGAUGGCUGGUAUACUAAAUUUAAUAAAGUCAGAUGCCUCAUACAUUAGAGGGAAGAAACCAUGGACGAACGUAUUUAUUUUAUUUAAAGCAACAGUAACACACCCACAGGCGUCAAGAUAUUCAUUUGAAGCGAUAGCAACAAUAAUUAAAGAAAAUAAGUGUAUUAACAGAGACAACUUUAAUGAAUGUGUUGAAUUAUUAACAGAGUUUGCUUCGGGAGCUACCACAUUAAUGGAACAAGAACGUUCUGAACAUCCAUCAUCUCAAAUUCGGAAUUCUAGAGCGAGAAUAAAUAAUAUUCAAGAUGCUAUUGUAAAAAGAGCACGUAAAUCUGUUGAAUUAUUACAUCAGUUGUAUAGAGAGAUCCCUAGAUUAUUAAGGGAAUCCGAUAUUUCACCAAAAGAAGCAUUGACAUCUUAUUGGCUACCAAUAUUAACAGGAUUAAGUCAACAAUGUUAUAGUCCAUAUAGAGAAGUAAGGCAAUAUGCAUUAUCGUAUUUACAAAGAUCAUUAUUAGAUCCAGAAUUAGUAUCACAUGGAGUAACGGAAUGGGUAUUGAUAUUUGAUGUAGUAUUAUUUCCAUUACUUGAUCAAUUACUUAAACCUGAUAUAUGCAGAGGAUUUGACAGUAUGGGUAUGGAUGAAAUUCGAAUGAGAGCUUCGGGGUUACUAUGUAAAAUAUUUUUACAUUAUUUAAAUAGAUUAAUAGAAUGGGGUGGGUUAAUCAGUUUAUGGAGACAAAUUUUGGAUGUUAUGGAAAGAUAUAUGACUACUGGCGAUAAUGAUUCCUUGAGGGAAGCCGUACCGGAAUCGUUGAAAAAUAUGUUAUUGGUGAUGUCAACGUCAGGAAUAUUUAAUCGACCAGGAACAACACCACCAACUACGAAUACCAAUUCUAAACCACCAGUUGAAUUAUGGGAUAUUACAUGGGAAAAGCAAACCACCGCUAAUAUUAUACAAAGUGAACAUGGUGUAGAAACUACCAAAACAUCAUCAGAAAACAUUAACAACGAUCAAAUUAUUAAAGAGAAUAGCAAUAAUGAGAGUAAGGAUGACGUGAAUAAUGAAACGAUAAAUAUUAUUACUAAAAUUUAUUCACAAAUUAUAUAA